GCCUGAGGCGGAUCGAUUUCAUCACAGUAAUGAUUACAGCCCAACACAACUUGUUUGUGUCACAUGCACAAGGAUGCACUCGCACGACGGGAUUACGCGCGGGCGGCCUACGUGUCUAUGAGCUCGUGUCGUGUGGGCGGGGUUUCGGAUGACGUCUUGUGUGUUUACAUCAGGUAAAACGGAUCACCCUCAUCUCUCGGUCAAGCAGGAGGUGAAAAGGUAAAAAAAGAAAAACAAAAAAAGUAGAAAAUCAAUGAGAAGUUGCUCUUCCAGUGCCACUUUUGGAUAUCUGACAUCAGAAUGUCACUGAAAUAUGUUUACAUGAGAACAUUCCUGAAGACCGGUUGAAUAUUUUUGGAAUCUCACCGCUGGACAAACACAACAGCGUUAAUUUCGUCUACCAUUUUAUUUCAAGUUCCCGCCCCCUGAGUGUGGCACUGAAUAACCGCGAACCUGCCGCCUGGUCACGACAAUCCAAUUUAAGGAUCUCACCAUCUGGAAUUAGCUUGUUUUGACCAGGUCGCAUGGCACCACGGGAGGUCAGGGGGGCUUACGUCUUAGCGCUAUAAAGGCCUUGAGCCGCCCACCACCGUCCCCAACUGGUGCUUCGGACUUUUGCCGUUCAAUACGAUCACGAGUUUCUGGCAAAAAUGGUCCUGGACGAUUCUGACGUGGAGAUGAUCGUGACUGACAUUGAAGUUACCGAGCAUGACGUCGAGACCCCGUACGGAAGACUCCACUGCACCAUGCGGGGGGUCCCCAAAGGCGAGCGGCCCGUCGUCCUCACCUUCCAUGACAUCGGGCUCAACCACAAGACGUGCUGGGACUCGCUGUUCCAGCAUGAGGACAUGGCUGAGAUCCUGCACCACUUUGCCGUGUGUCACGUGGACGCCCUCGGACAGCACGAGGGAGCGAACACCUUUUCCACCGGGUACGAGUAUCCGACCAUGGAUGAACUGUCUGAGACGCUCCCACUUGUACUGAAGCAUUUUGGGCUGAAGUCUGUUAUUGGAUUAGGGAUGGGAGCCGGAGCCUUCAUGCUGACCAAGUUCGCUCUUGAUUACCCAAAAAUGGUGGAAGGUCUGGUGCUCAUCAACAUCAACCCGUGUGCCGAGGGCUGGAUGGACUGGGCGGCGCACAAGAUCAGCGGCUGGACCCAUGCCUUACCGGACCUGGUCAUCAGCCACCUCUUUGGCAAGGAGGAGAUCCAAAACAACCAGGACAUGGUGGCCACUUACCGCCACCACGUGAUUAAGGACAUGAAUCAGUUCAACCUGCAGCUCUUCAUCAAGGCCUAUGAAAGUCGGAGGGACCUAGAUAUCGAGAGGCCAGUGCCGGGCAGCAACGUCAAAACCCUAAAGUGUCCUUCCCUUCUGGUGGUCGGUGACAGCUCGCCUGCCGUGGACGCUGUGGUGGAGUGCAACACCAAACUGGACCCGACAAAAGCAACCCUGCUUAAGAUGGCCGACUGUGGAGGCAUGCCCCAGAUUGACCAGCCCGGCAAACUGACAGAGGCGUUCAAGUACUUCAUUCAAGGCAUGGGAUACAUGCCGGCGGCGAGCAUGACCCGGCUGGUUCGCUCCCGCACAGCCUCGGGUUCCAGCGUGACAUCUUUCGAGGGCUCGCGCUCCCGCUCGCACACCCAUGAGGGCAACCGCUCGCGCUCACACACCAACGAGGGCCCGCGCUCACGCUCCCACACGGCUGACCACCAGCGGGGCCACGCCCCCGCGACCGACACCGCCCCCGCCACUCCCGCCGUGGACCAGGGCCUGCUUAAGGCCCCCGAAGUGUCCUGUUAAAUUGCCUCCCCCUCCCCCAAGAGUCUCGUUUAACUCCCUUCUUUUUUUUUUUGCUGCGCCACUGACAAUUUUUUUUGUUAAAUCGGGAUUCAGAGGGUUGGACCUGUGCUUUUUGGUCUGAUAAUGAUAUAGUGUGUAAGGGCAUCGGUAGGUGGUGACAGAGCGCGGAAGAAGCUUGUUGUGCAUCAUUAUUUGUCUCUUCCUGUUUUUUUUUUGUUUUGUUUUUUUUUUAAACCAAAUGGACAACUUUUUAACCGUAUAUAGUCGACUAGCCACAUUUUUACACGUUGGUGGGGUAGUGUGACACUUGCCCCAUCGGCAACCUUUUAACCAUAUAUAGUUGACUAUCCACGUUUUUACAUGUUGGUGGGGCAGUGUGACACUUGCCCCAUCGGUAGAAUCUCCACCACUAGGGUCAAAUUUCUGUGGGCAUGAAUUAAAAUUCAGGUAGGGGAAAUUGCCUCAUAUGCAAAACCUACCGCUGGUAGGAUGGAAUUUCUGAGGGGUGAUGAAAAAAAAAUUAUGUGGCUCAGACGGGGCAUAGCUACAUUUGGCUUGUAUAAAAUCUCCAUUGCCAGGCAGAAUUUGUAGGGAUUGAUUUAUUUUUCCCCAACCAAAGGACCAUCUACUGGGCCUCGUUGGGCAAUGAAACCUUUGCUCCAUGCAAAAUUUUAACUGCUAGGCAAAAUUUAGGCAUCACACACACACACACGCACACGCACGCACGGACACUCACACGGCACUGUGGUCUAAAAGGCGCUGCUGUGCUACCCCUCCCUUUGCUCUUGUUGCCCUUGUGGACCACGCCAAGCCGAAGGCAUUUUUUAAAAAAAUGUAUUUUUUAACCUUAUUAGGAGGGUUGAAUCCAGUGCUUUUGAGUCUAGAGAUGAUGUAGAAUGUGGAGGGAGUGAACGCUAGGGGGAGGCAGAGAGCGCAGAGUAAUGUUGUUGUGCAUCCUUAUUUGUCUCUUCCUGUUUUUAUUUUUUCCAGACUGACAGCUUUGCUACAUUCUCGCAAUUGUAUAACUUUCUUUCCGCUUCUGAAACUUUUUUAAAGAUGAAAACCAUACAAGAUUAAGGGACAAACUUUUGUUUUUUAAAUGAAACCACUAAAUCGAAAAGCUUUAUUAACAACGACGGCAGACAAAACGAUUACUGUAACCGUUCUAUACGUUUUUUCCCCUCUGUACAAUCAAGCAGAACGAAACAACACAGUUGUUCACUUUGAUCAUGUGUACGAGUGAGACGUAAACGUUUUUAUCAUUGUUUUGGUUGUCAUUCAUGAUAACCGUGUAAAACUCUCUCUCGCUCUCCUCUCUGACUAGCACUACGUUGGCAAAAGGCUUGCUUUUGUAGGUGCUUGUUGACGGCUUUGUAAAGAUGCUGGCGCUAGAACCGCAUAACAGUUUGUAUUUAUUGAGGGAAAAAAAAGACUUAACUCA